AUGAUAUCUAAUGAUUACCGAAGGUGUACUGAAUCUGAUGAUUGCCAGGAAAGAGCUGGAUCGAUGGUUAAUAUAUCAGGAUAUUUCAGCCACGUGGACGAGUGUUAUGCUUUAACUGAGCAGGUUUCGGCGACAUCCUCAUCUGACACGUCAAGAACAAAACUAACAUGUUUCGAUGUUGGCCGUAAUUAUAUCGCAUUUGGGAGUAACUGUGGUAUUUUAUUUCUUUUCAAUCGUCGAUUGAAUCGCAGCGCUUCUCCCUUACGAACAAAUACCGAUGAUUUAAUCACAUGUGUAAAACUUUUCUCAGGGGAAUAUGACUUGCUGGCCGCAGGGUAUAAUUCUGGGGGCCUUAUAUUACUGAAUUUCCCAACCGGGAAGCCCGGUUCGACCAGAAGACUGGGGCAAAAUCUGUCAUUCGAUAGACACAGAGGGCAUGCGAUCAGUUGCAUUGCUUGGACAGAGGAUGGAAAAAAAGUAUUUUCUGCUGAUGACGCUGGUAUUGUGGUCGUUACAUCAGUAGAUUUUGUUAGUAAUAUUUUUCAAACGACAUUUGUUUGCUUCGAACACACCUGUAUAAUGCAGUUAACUCAUGUUUGCAACCUUCUAGCUCUCUGCACUGUUAGAAGAGUCGCUGUUAUUGAUGAAAAAUUUAAUUUGAUACUGGAAAUCGACCAACAUCAACAAAAAGCUAUUUGUAUACAUAUGAUUGCUAAACCCUGUGGUACGGAAUUAUUCGUUCUUCAGUCAGAUGGUUUCAUAGUUGUUUACGAUAUUUCCUGUGGUGAGAAGAAAAAGAAUUUCAGUAUGUCGGAAGACGUAAAACAGAAGUUGGACAUAACAGAUUUUUCAACUGAGUGCAGGUUACAGCAAUGGAGAUCGUGCAUGUUAGUGGUGCAUUCUCAAAUUUGUAUAAUUUAUUUCUACAACCACAUUGUUUUAUUGAAUUUAGUGGAUCAAACUACAAUUUUGUCAUCAUUUGAUCUGAACACUCUUUUCUGUGAUAGAGCGUUUGAAACAUCUAUUUGCGUUGAGCCAGAAUUUUCAUUCUCAACUAUUUUUGUCCUCGGUCCAGAUAAUCGUGUUUUUCGUCUCGCAUCGAACGAAGUUCCUUCGUAUCUUACAGAAGCUCACGAAAUACCGAAAGAAUUCACAUCAAAAACCUUCUUAAACUCUUUCCAAAAAACUACUAAAUUACUGCCAAAUGCUUCGAAGGAUGUAUUUUGGGAUGGCUUAAAAGUAGCAAAGGAGAUGAAUAUUUUUUCCACUUUACGUAAUUUUCCUCUUCCAAUUUUGAAUGCUUUGCCUGAUUCGGACUGCAUUCUGCGUAAUAGCAGCCGUAAUUCUCUUUGCGAUCAAUCAUCGGAUAGUGAUUCAGAAGAUGAUAAGUCGGGUAUUGCACGGCCUCGGAAUAGGAGUAAUAUUUUAAAACAUUUUGAGCAGAUACAGAUACAACCAACCAGUAUUGUGGAAAACGUCAGUAAAGUGGCACGGACAUUAGUUGAUAGAGUGGGCGGUUUUGGUACACAGGUCGAGAACGGCUUUACGAUGCAAUCUAUGUGUGAUGCUGACACGGUAGAUGUGGAAAAACCAUUGUUCCCAGUUGAACAAUCUGGUAUUCUUCAAGAAAUUAUGGUUCGUAGGACGAAGACAGUUCUUACGUGUAAGAGAAAGAAAACAGGAAAAGUGGAUGAUUUCGACAAAUCCAGCUUAAUGGAUUCAUCCAAGGAGGAUCUGAAUCCUGUUGAUGAGCAUACGCUGAAAAAUAUCAAAGGAGCACUUACAAUUCCGUUACAAAUUGGCGGAGUGAACUGUCAGUCUCAGGAUUUACAUGGUGGCAAUAUCAAACAGAGAGCUGAUUGCAGCAAAGAGUGUCAAGAAAUGAUUUGGAUUGCUGAACUGAAUGAUGGUAUUGAUAUGAAAAAUAAAGAGCUUGACUCAGCAACAGAAGAAUCCACUGAACAAAAUCUAGCGAAUUCGAUGCCGGAAUUAUUGAUGGAAGGAAAUGCUUAUGACUUUUUAAUGAAGGAUGCACUGGAAAGGAAACCUUCUGUUUUUGAGCAAGCAACAAGUAGUGCUAUAUGUCUACCGGAUGAUGAACAACUGAUCAAAAACAUUAUUGUGAUGAAUAACUUCAGUGAUAUUUGGAGAGAGAUAAAACUGCCAUAUUCCUGUUCAUCUUUUUCUGUUUCAUCCAAAUAUUUUAUUAUUUGUCAUUCCAAAAAAAAGAGAAGGCCUUGUUAUUUGUUUAUUCCUUACUGUGGCACUCCGCAGUGGAUAAAAUUAAAGCAGAAAGCAGAUCAUUUUGUUGUUAAUGAUGAUGGUACCUUAGUUUGGAAAAUCCUUAAAAAUGUCGCAUUUGCUCCCAUGAAAAGUAACAUUGGAUCUGAUUCAUUUUUAACAUCUCUUCAUUGGACUGUUGUUGCUGACGAGGGUGGUGGUGUAAUUGAAGCUGCGCUAACCAGUCGUUCGGCUUGGUAUAUAACAAAAUCAGGAGAGGUUUUUGUACAACUAUGUUUACCGGAAAUGGGAAUUCUCAGUAGAUGCGAAACGUCGUGGCUGUUGCAUUCCAUCACUGCAAGUGAGUUGGCGGUUUGGGCGCUACAAGUUGAAUCAGGUCGCCUUGUAGUACGCACUGGACUAAAGCAUAGUCCAGUUGGAUUGGAUUGGGUUGAAAUUGUGCCUCAUGGCCCUACGCGUUUAAUUAGCAUUUGUUUAUAUGGCCAGAGUGGUUGGGCAAUUGAUGAAAAACAUUCAUUAUGGUUCACAAAUGGUGUGGGAUAUCAAAGUCCAUUUGGCUGGACAGGGAGUUGGAUGAAAGUUUAUAAUCCAUGGGAUGUUUCACCGGAUUUUAAUCGGUUGUUGACUUUACCAUGGAUCAUUCGCGUCUCUUCGGCAGGAGUUUUCGUAUGUGUCGACAAUAAGUGUUAUUGGUCAUCUGGCGCCAGCUUUCUUUCUGGACAUCGCCUAGAACACAUUGUGAGGGAUAGCUUCUCAGUCGACAACAAUUUUGAAUUAAUAGCAGGCGGAGGUUUAAAAGAAGAUUUUGAUUGUUUAACGUUAUGUCGAAUUAAUGAAAUAUUCCUUUAUCGAUUGAAAAAUAGUUAUUUCUAUUCUCUACCAGCCUUUCCAGCAUCAUUCAAUUCAAAUAUAAUUGAAGUGUCGUCUUUUGACGAGAGUGUGUAUGUAUUGGAUAGUUCUGGUUGUAUAUACGUGAAGGAAAAUAUAAGUACUGUUUCCCCAUUUGGUGUUGAUUGGAAAAUCUUAGACACAGGGCCUUGCGGUUCACCAAUAAUAUCAUUUACCGUCACAUCGGUUUCAUUAUGGGUACUUACGGCAGCUAAUGAAACUUGUUUGUAUGUAAAGAAUGAGAAGAAAGAACCGCUAGUUGGUACAAAUCCUAAAUGGAUUCAUCUAAAAGCUUUGGAUGGUUGUAUAUUCGAUAAAAUUCGUGCAUCCUCUAAUGGAAUGUAUGUAUGGGUAUUUUCGAGGAACAGUGGGCGUGCAUGGGCUCGCAAUUCUAUUACGGACGUACUUCCUUCUGGAAAGUCAUGGAUAGAGGCGAGUAAUGAGCCUGGUGUUUACGAUUUGGCUGUAGGGUGUAAAAUAAUCUGGUCGCUUUCCGCUUCUGGACAGCUUCACAGACUACAAGGUCUUGCGAUCAGCAAUCGAGCUGGAAAUUAUUGGAAGCCUAUCCCACUUUAUUUAAAAGCAAUGACUAUUGAUAGAAAAGAACGGUUAUGGGGAAUCGACUUGAACAAGCGAUUAGUUUCUCACAAACCGAACUGUAUCCUCCCUUCAAUCGGCAUCAGUUGA